AAGGGCCUCAACUCACCGCCACCCCCACCCGCUCAAGCCACCCACUCCGUCCCCAAGCGGGUGAUGUCAUUGACAUCUCCGUGGCGUCGUGCGCGGGAGUUGCCACCCCACAGGGGGCGUGCGCUCACCAAUGAGCGAGCUCCUCUGACCACGUGGAGAGGCAAUCCGUGGUGAUGAUGGGGGGGAGGGGGGUCCAAGAUACCAAGAUAAAGGAGAGAGAGACACGCGCUCGCACAUCCCGAUAAACGGGCACACCUGCGUCUCGGCGCUGCGUGGCGUUUCACCUCUGUUGCACACGUGCUCGGCAAGCACCAUCUCGUUCCUGCUGGAGCUCACCUCUCGCGCUGAUGGCAGAGAAAGCUGUUGUUGCUGCUGCUCAGAGAAACAUCGACAGUUGGCGACCGAGACAACACGGGCAGAGCCGUUUCUCCUAAACACAGAUCUUUCCCGCCACCAAGCCUGGCUCGACUGGGAGUUGAGGAAUUGGCCGCGGAUCGCACGGAGUUGACGCCGGGCUUUUCUCUGACGCCAGACCGAUGAUCGCACUCCCACCGAACACAACCCAAAACCCAUAGCACUUUCGGGUGCCCUAUUAACACACAGGCACACACCAGGCACACACCACUACACAAUCGCACGCUACGCCAGAGCUCGCCGAAACUCAACAUUGAUUCGCAUAACCCAGCGGUUGCGUUAUUUCUGAUCAAAAGCGCUCCACUAUAGCGAUACAAUAUAAAUACGAUCAAGGUGCAGGCCUGCAAUUCCUCGCUUGUGCCACUGCAGGCGGAACAGCCUCCACCAGAGGGAGCUCUGGAGAGCCCCCACCCUACCCCACACCCCUCGAGUGUGUAAUUAACUCUACUUGCUUCAAUUGUAGGAACGAUAAUGAGUGACCCUCAGGAUGAGUUCGGCUGCUCCCUGGCGGAGCUGCGCUCCCUCAUGGAGCUCCGCGGUGGGGACGCGGUGGGGCGCAUCGUGAAGGAGUACAGGCGGCACGAGGUGGGCGGCGGCGGCGGCGGCAAUGACGACGACGCCGCAGCGGUGCAGGGAGCGGCGGAGCUGUGCCGACGGCUGCGGACGUCGCCCACGGACGGCCUUUCGGGGGAUCCCGAGGACCUGGAGUGGAGGCGGAAAACUUUUGGACGGAACCACAUCCCGCCCAAGAAGCCCAAGUCGUUCGUGGCGCUGGUGUGGCAUGCUCUGCAGGACGUGACGCUCAUAAUCCUGGAGGUGGCUGCGGUCGUCUCCCUCGGCCUCUCCUUCUACCGGCCACCCGAGGGCGAGAACACGGAAUUGUGCGGCCAGUCCUCGGGCAGCAUCGAGGAGGCCGGCUCGGACACGGGCUGGAUCGAGGGCACUGCCAUCCUGCUCACGGUGGUCGUGGUGGUGCUCGUCACGGCGUUCAACGACUGGAGCAAGGAGCGCCAGUUCCGCGGCCUCCAGAGCCGCAUCGAGCAGGAGCAGAAGUUCUCGGUCAUCCGCGGCGGGCAGCUCGUGGAGGUGCACGUCGCUGAGCUGGUCGUGGGUGAUGUGGCGCAGGUCAAGUACGGGGAUCUGCUGCCGGCGGACGGUGUGCUGCUGCAGGGGAAUGAGCUGUCCGUGGACGAGAGCUCGCUCACGGGGGAGUCGGACCACUUGAGCAAGAGCCCCGACUGUGACCCCAUGCUCCUCUCUGGCACACACGUGAUGGAGGGAUCGGGCCGUAUGGUGGUGACCGCCGUGGGCAUCAACUCUCAAAGUGGCAUCAUCUUCACACUGCUGGGAGCGACGUCCGGGGAAAGCUCCGACAAGAAGCGCAAGCGAAAAAAAAAAGCAGCCACUACCGAGGUCCCUCGCACUCCCCCCAAAUCUCCGCCCCCCACUUCUACCAUCCCUGGACAGGCCCCCCAAGAGGACGGGAUGACUGCAGCCGUCACCAACGACGCCCCCCAGGGAGCCCGGAACAUUGAGAUGUGGCCGCUCGCUGAAGACGGCACCGGCGCCGACGCCGACGCCACCGGUGCCGGCAGAGUGGACUCGCCGCUCGGCGGAGAGCGGACCACGAUGGCGGGGGAGGAGAAGAAGAAGGCUAAAAAGAAGAAACGAAGGAAGAAGGCGAAGAAGGAGAGGUCCCCGCUGCAGGCGAAGCUCACCAAGCUGGCCGUGCAGAUCGGCAAGGCCGGCUUGAUGAUGUCACUGCUGACGAUGGUGAUCCUGGUGCUGUACUUCGUGAUCGACACGUUCGGGGUGCAGGGCCGCACGUGGCUGCCGCAGUGCACCACGAUCUACAUGCAGUACUUUGUCAAGUACUUCAUCAUCGGCGUCACCGUGCUGGUGGUCGCCAUGCCCGAGGGGCUGCCCCUCGCCGUCACCAUCGCGCUCGCCUACUCCGUCAAGAAAAUGAUGAAGGACAACAAUCUGGUGCGGCACCUGGACGCGUGCGAGACGAUGGGCAACGCCACGGCCAUCUGCUCCGACAAGACGGGCACCCUCACCACCAAUCGCAUGACUGUGGUGCAGGUGUACGUGGGAGGGAAGCAUCACAAGCUCGAUGGGGGCCAGGGACCCCCCAUCCUGCCCCCGGCGAUGCUCAUGGAGCUGUGCAACGCCAUGACCAUCAACUCUGCCUACACCAGCAAGAUCCUGCCCCCCGAGCGGGAGGGUGGGCUGCCCCGCCAGGUGGGUAACAAGACGGAGUGCGCGCUGCUGGGCCUGGUGGAGGCGCUGGGGGGCGACUACCAGGCGGUGCGCGACGGCACUCCCGAGGAGGCGCUCCACAAGGUGUACACCUUCAACUCGACGCGCAAGUCCAUGAGCACCGUGGUGCGCGCGCCGGGGGGCGGAUUCCGCCUCUACAGCAAGGGCGCCUCCGAGAUCCUGCUGCAGAGGUGCUCCCAGGUGCUGGACGCCACCGGCAGACCAGUGCCAUUCCCGGCAGCGGAGCGCCAGGCCGCGGUGCGCGCGGUGAUAGAGCCGAUGGCGCGCGAGGGCCUGCGCACCAUCUGCGUCGCGAGCCGCUUCUUCCCCCCCGGCGAGGAGCCCCCGUGGGACGAGGAGGAGAGCGUCGUGGCGCAGCUCGUGUGCAUCGCCGUCGUCGGUAUCGAGGACCCCGUGAGGCCCGAGGUUCCACGAGCGAUCGCCCAGUGCCAGCGGGCGGGCAUCACGGUGCGCAUGGUGACGGGCGACAACAUCAGCACAGCGCGCGCCAUCGCCACAAAGUGCGGCAUCAUGGUGCCUGGCGAUGACUUCCUGUGCCUCGAAGGCAAGGAGUUCAAUGAGAGGAUUUGCGACGAGAGUGGUGAGGUGGAUCAGGAGCGGUUCGACAAGGUGUGGCCCAGGCUGCGGGUGCUCGCCAGAUCCUCGCCCACCGACAAGUACACCCUGGUCAAAGGAAUAAUCGAGAGCUCGGCGGCAGACCGGAGGCAGGUUGUGGCCGUGACCGGGGAUGGCACCAAUGACGGGCCGGCGCUCAAGAAGGCCGACAUCGGCUUUGCCAUGGGCCUCGCGGGCACCGACGUGGCCAAGGAGGCGUCGGACAUCAUCCUGACGGACGACAACUUCAGCUCCAUCGUGAAGGCGGUGAUGUGGGGGCGCAACGUCUACGACAGCAUUGCCAAGUUCCUGCAGUUCCAGCUCACGGUCAACGUGUCGGCCGUCAUCGUGGCCUUCACGGGGGCCAGCAUCACGCAGGACUCCCCGCUCAAGGCCGUGCAGAUGCUCUGGGUGAACCUCAUCAUGGACUCGUUUGCGUCGCUGGCGCUCGCCACGGAGCCGCCCACCCCGGCGCUGCUGCAGCGCCGGCCGUACGGGCGCGACCGCCCGCUCGUGUCGCGCACCAUGGCCAAGUUCAUCCUGGGCCACGCCGUCUACCAGCUCGCCGUCACCUUCACCAUCCUCUUUGCCGGCGACCUCCUGUUCGACAUCGACAGCGGACGCAGCGCGCUGCUGCACUCGGCCCCCACGCAGCACUACACCAUCUUGUUCAACGCGUUCGUCAUGAUGCAGAUCUUCAACGAGAUCAACGCGCGCAAGGUGCACGGCGAGAGGAACGUGUUCGCGGGGAUCCACCGCAACCCCGCCUUCAUCGUCAUCGUCGUCGGCACUGCCGCCACGCAGGUGAUUAUCGUGCAUUUCGGAGGUCAGCCGUUCAGCUGCACUCCGCUCACCAUAGAGCAGUGGCUGUGGUGCGUCUUCCUGGGGCUCGGCGAGCUGCUGUGGGGGCAGCUGAUCGCGAGCUUCAACGUAAACCGCUUCUGCCGCAAGAAGCGCAUCGCCGGUGGGGACGAGAAGCACGGUGAGCUUGGGCCGCUGGACGGCGCCGACUCCUCCGAUUUGGAGGACUCCGACGCCGGGGAAGGGAGCUCCGAGUCGUCGGAGGGGUACGACGGCGCUGGGGAAGCGCCUGAGCUGCGCGCAGCACAGCUGCUCUGGAUCCGCGGCUUCAACCGCAUUCAGACGCAGCUGCGGGUCGUGAGCGCGUUCCGCACCUACGGCCACGACCUCUCGCUGCCCUCGUCCAGCGACGAAGAGGACGACGACGACGGCAAUGACACGGAGAUGGACGAUGUGGCCAGCGACAACGACGCCAAUAAAAAAUACGCGAGGCUCGACGAGGCGCGGUCCGCAAAGCGGCAGUGCGCGCCGGCAUCGCCGUCGUCACCGCCGUCGUCGCCAAACGAGGAUGCGGCGCGCGGCGAAACGGUGCGGGAGGUGCGCGUGGUGCCGGUGGGUGUCACCGUCGCCGACAACGGCACCAGCUUCCAGACGGCGGUGUGAGAGGGAGAUGGAGGGGGCAGGGAUGGCGGCGGCUGUGGCAUCGUCGGCCUGCGGGCGGAGAUGCACGCACGGGCGGACGGGCGGGCGGGCGGGCAGCACGCACGCACGCACUUCGCUUGCUCCUCGCAAAAACAAGGGUGACGUGUAUUAUUUUCGGGCUGCGGCAGAAAAUGUUGUAUCGCGAGCAACCGUUUAAGGCUGGAACGGUGUGGCCGGCACCGUUCUCCAGCCGCCUUUUUUCUCCGCAGUGCUCCCGUUUCCACAUAGCACCAGGUACCUAAUGGGGAGGGGGGAUGCCCAUGACACGCGUCGCUGAUGUUACCCAUGAGCGAGAAGCGAACUUGGGUCACUGGGUUUGUAGCACAGUGCACGAACUACCGCGGCUCCACUCCAUUACACUUGAGGCUUAUGCAUACACAAACACACGCGCGGGCAUGCGCGAGUACAUAGUUCGCUGCCCAGCAUGGGAACUUUCAUUCUUUUCAGAUUUCCAGGCGCACGUUCAAUUUGUAGGCGAGCGCCACGCCACUCCAGGCGAAAACCGAACGGAAAACCUUCGCAGGAGCUCUGUAUUAAUUUCCCCCUCAUUAGGUUCGUCACCGUCGUCCCCCUCUCCUCUGCCUCUCGGUGUGGCUUGGCGGGCAUCUGACUUGUCCAAAAAA